CGAUGCUGCCAUGUAAUGGCACCUUAAGAUAAGUGAGGACCGCGUGCGGACGCUAUUCGGUGUUUGGCCUUCGAGUCGUUAAGCGGUAGCUAAGCGUUUUCUAUAAAGUCGUUUUUGUUCGCGAAUACACGACUGUUCGUAGACUAGACACGAAGAGAUUUGUAUCCAUUUGUGCAUUUGGUAGAAUAUAUUUAUAUUUGAAGUCAUUCAUCAGCCACGGAGCAUUUUCUGGUGAACAUCAUUCUCAAGAACAAUCCUUUCCGUUAGCCUUUUUCCCGGCAUCUUCCGACCUUCUACGCAUCCUUAACUAUCUGCGGUUAAUUCAAAUAACCGCUUAAUAGCCAGGAAGGCUAUUACACAGUAAAAUGGAAGAAUUGCUGAAAAAGUUGGCCAUAGAAUUGUACGAUGUCCAGGCUCUGAAAUUCGGAGAUUUUAAGAUGAAACUCGGCUUAAGAACGCCGGUAUAUUUCGACCUGCGGGUGAUAAUUUCAUACCCGAAACUAAUGUCUAAUUUGGCGAAAGCUCUGUGGACUCUUCCGGAUGAUGUUACAAAAGUAUCUCAAAUUUGCGGAGUUCCGUACACAGCGUUGCCAUUAGCCACCCUGAUCUCAGUUGACAACGGGAUUCCAAUGUUAAUGAAGAGAAAGGAAACAAAAUCGUAUGGCACAAAGAAGCUGAUUGAGGGUGUGUUUUUGCCUGGUGAUAAUUGUGUGAUCAUCGAGGAUGUCAUCACGAGCGGUAGCAGUAUUUUGGAAACUGUUGAUGCUUUGAAGAAGGAACAUCUGAAUGUAACAGAAGCAUAUAUGGUAAUCGAUAGAGAGCAAGGUGGCAGAAAGAAUCUUGAGAAUCAUGGAAUCAAGGUCAAGAGUUUAUACACAAUCACGCAGCUCAUGCAGUAUCUUCUUGAGGCUGGAAAGAUCACGCUGGAAGUUGUCAAGGACGUUGACAAUUAUCUGACAAAGAAUCAGGCAUCGACCGUUUCUAUUCAAGGCAGUAUAGCUGUACCAGAUAACAGAUUGAAGCUGCCAUACUGUAAACGCGCAAAAUUAGCAAAAAAUCUAUUGGCCUCGAAAUUGCUGGAACUAAUGGAGUCUAAGCAAACCAAUCUCUGUCUGGCGGCCGAUCUGAAAAAGACGGACGCGAUUUUAGAAUUAGCAAACAUAGUUGGGCCUCACAUCGCUGUGCUGAAAACUCACGUGGAUAUCAUAGAAAAUUUUAACGAGAAUUUUAUUCUUCAGCUAAAGGAGCUAGCAAAGCGGCACAAGUUCCUACUGAUGGAGGAUCGCAAGUUUGGCGAUAUCGGCAACACGGUGUCAUUGCAAUACAGAUAUGGCUUAUAUAAGAUCGCUGAAUGGGCCGAUUUGAUCACAGUGCAUCCGAUCGUCUGA